AUGGAUCCCUUUGGAAAUGAUUUAGCAGUGGUCACCAGGGGUUCUGUGAUUUCCUGAGAUCACAUAGCGGAAGCCCAAGUGGUGAUGAUGGGCCUUGACAGAGCAGGCAAGACCAUGCUCCUGUACAAACUGAAGGGCUACUAGGUGGUGGACAUCCUACCCACCAUUGGCUUCAAUGUGGAGCCUCUUGAGACCCUGGAGCAUGUGUCUCUGACUCUCUGGGAUGUUAGGGGUGGGGGUUGGGGUACCCAGCUCAGGGCCUGCUGGAAGGACUACCUGGAAGGCACAGAUAUUUUUGUGUAUGUGCUAGAUAGCACAGAUGAAGCUGACUUGCCUGAGGUGGCUGAGCUCAUGGAAUUCUUGGACAACCCCAGCAUGGCCAGUGUCCCUUUCUUGGUGCUGGCCAAUAAGCAGGAGAUGCCUGAUGCUCUGCUGCUGCUUGAGAUCAGAGACAACCUUGGUCUGGAGAGAUUCUGGGACCACUGCUGGGAGUUCUGGGCCUGCAGUGCUCUCAUGGGGGCAGGGCUGCCUGAGGCCCUGCAGAGCCUGCAGAGCCUCCUGAAAUCCCACAGCCAUUAUGUCUUCAGGUGA